UCGACGUCUUCGAGCGGACGACGAGCCCGCGACCACACACCCGCCGACUUGGCCGCGAAGCGCAGACGUCGAGAAGCCGGAGCCAGGAAACACACACACACACGCACUAGUGCCGACGGGGCCACAGCAACGGCAGGAUGACACGCUUAUCGAGUUGGCUCUGGUCGGCCCUCGGCUUCUGGCUACUGCUGCUGCUUUGCGGCCAGGCUGUGCGGGCUGCCCCGGAGCGCAGGCACCACGGCGACGGCUCGUGCCGGGCCGCGGGCCUGUGCUGCACCGGGCGCGACGCAUCGUGCGUGGUGCGCAAGAUGAUGACGCACUCCUCCAUCGGCGUCACCGGCGGACCCAACGCGCUGGUCGAGGAGCGAGACGAGCAGUCCUGCUACUGCGACCACGCCUGCAUGCAGCUCGGAGACUGCUGCGACGACUUCAAGGAGUCCUGCGGAGUGACGGACUGUCGGAUGUCCGAGUGGGGACCGUGGUCCGAGUGUGACACCGAGUGCGGAUCCGGAGGCAUGGGUCGCGAGCGCACCAUCCUGGAACAGCCGAGGAACGGGGGUCUGACCUGCGGCGAACUGCGCCAAAGGCGCGGCUGCUACGGACACCGGUGCAACAGCAAGCCACAGGACAAGCUCCACAGAGAAACGGCACUGCUGCUGCCAGUGACGUUCUCUCCACUGCGUUCUAUGAACGACUCGUACGACAUCCGCCAGAACCUAAAGUAUUUGCCCAAGAGUGAGCUGAGCAAGGAGAACAACACCACCGCGAAACCGUACGUGGUGAUGUUCGAGGUGACCAAGUCCCGCAAGGCGUGCGAGUCCUUGGAAUCGUUCAGCUCGCUGCGCGAAGGCCAGCGCUUGUGCGUGUCCUGCGAGGUGACGGCCAUGCGCAAGCACCUGGGCCACCGCUGCACGGGACACGGCCUGGAUGACCGCACGUCGCGGUUCGCGGCCCUCGGGCACCUGCACUGCCACGGCCGCUGGCAGCGGCUCGAGCGCACUGACCGCUGCGCGAUAGGACGACAGCCGGACUUCAUCUUCGUCUAGUCAGCUGCCCCCGCAAUUUUUUUUUUUACUCCGAGGCAGAGUGGCACACAAAAUGCCGGCACAUGGGUAGCCUUUGAGCCGCGCAGUGUUUCAGUGCUGUGUAUGUCCUCGGUGCGACAUUGUGCCGCCUCCAACAAGAUUUGACCCGUUGCCCAGUUGAAAAAGACGACAGAGGAUGUCCCAAAAUACGGCCGUAUUGGGCCCUUCAGUAAAGUGACAUUUCCCAUAAUUCACUAUUACCAAGAACGUGGCGGCCUGAUUCCGUUUAAAUAGCAAUUACUGGUCCGACGUGUGGUCCGUUGUUUUUCCUUUGCUCAAUUAGGUAUAAUAGGAAAGAAUGUAAGGAAGCAAGAAAUAAAUGCACUAGCAGCGCGUUAUCCAAGAUUCUGGCAAUGCUCGGGCCGGAAUAACUUGGGCAAUGUGCAUUGCGGGAAAGCCAGCUUGGGUCGCUUCUCUGCUAACCCGAUAGUCGUUUAGUGACUGCCAAAUAGUCUGUCGUCGUGUUAUGCAUUUUCGAAACAAGGCGACGGUCUUUGACAGGGUAUAAUAGACUGUUGCGAAUACAGAGAGCAACCACACUGAAUAAAUUUCUUUCUUGAUGACAGUUGUACAACGAAAAUUAUGGCAGAAUCUUCUGUCACUACAGGAACAAAAAUCAGCUCGACAUUUUUAGUGGAUGAUCAGAAAUGAAGUGUGGGUAAACGAGGAAUCCGUUAGAGGGCAUCACUUACUUGGAAGUCUCCGACUGCGGAUUCCUGCCUGAAAACGAUGCGCUUCGGGAAGUUCUCACACCAGUUAUUUAGGUUUUCGGUUUUCAUCAAGGGAUUCAUGGACAUGCCGUUGCUGAUGUUCCUUUCGCAAGGUCAGGACUUGGACAAUAUCCUCCGGUGGCCACCAUUGAGAGACGGCGACUAAGCGGCAGCUUUCUAAAUUUGAAAUCAUUGUGUGUUACGCAUGUGCUUGCAAAGGUCCAAGGAGGGUGGCAGUGCUUUUUUUAUUUUGUGAUGGCUGAAAGGUGGGGGGCUACUGCCGACUUUCAACAAAGUAGAGCCCUCAUAAAGGUUACCGAUAACACGCCAAAUUUUUAUGCUCCAUGCCGGUCCGCUGUGCUCUAAACUUGUCAGCUUUAGACUAUGUAUUUACCUAGCGUCAAUAGACUGAGUUCUCUGACUGUAUGCACGUUAUUGCAAUGAGUAGGAUCACGUGACGAACAUCAUAACACAAAGGAUGACCGCGAUGUUAUGACGGCACUACGCAACUACUGAGAGAAUUGUGCUAAGAAGCAGCAAUGCCAGCUGUUCACAAGAUGCCGCAAUUUCGCGUAAUUUAUCGGGAGAGAUUACGAACAAUGUGAAGGUUUCAAAGUUGAAUAAGUUGUCAUUGUCAACGCGAAAAACACGGUGGUAACUUGAACAACAUUCACUUGCACUGCCAUUACAACGCCCAUAUGAGAAGCAUACAAAUGUAUUUCUUUUUCCUUUUGGAUAACCCGUUUUUAUCUCUGUAGUGUCUGCAAUUGUCCAUGCACACGCUAGUUCUUCUCUGGCAACAUUGCAGGAAAUACAUCGUCCUGGAUUCUUUAUUGCUGCAUAUCAUGUGUGCGACACCAGCAUUUCUUUUGACCACUUUCGUUAAUCACUACAUGACAGCCGCUAUAUAGUUUGCGUUUAUGCGACAUUUUUGUUUCUUUUUACAUGGCAUCGCAUUUCCGGCUCAUUUAACCAACUCUUUUGGUGUAAGCGAGCAGCUGCUGUAUGUCGUUCGCACCAGAACAACCGUGUGGACGUCAUAUCCUAAAACAAUAUUUUUUUUUCCAUUUUCACCAAGUGUGCGCGACGAGUUAUCAAGCCCACAUUAGAAAAAAAAAACGAAAGCGGAAGUUACGUGACACUAUUCAUCAUAGGCCUUCCAUGAACAGGCACAUUUCGAGCCAAUAAUAUUCCACUGCUUCAAAAUAUUCUCUGCUCCGCAUAGCAUGUUCAAGGACUCAGACUCAAGCUUUCGUGUUAUGAAAGUGUGAUUUGCAGCUUUAUUUCACACUCUGUUAGGCGCCUGGGCACAUGGACAAUGCCAGACAUUUCUCAACGCAGAAUGCAUAUCAUCCAUUUUACUUACAAUGCAGUCUCGAAGGAAGUUUAAAUUCCUUGCGUCAAAUUCGUUUUUAAGCAUCUACGUAAAGGGGCAUUCAAAUGAUCUGUCAGCACCAGCAUCACACUUUUCUCACGGAUAAACUAAUUAUACUUUUUUUAUCAGCUUUUGCAACCUAAGGUGUUUAGUAAGAACAUGUGCGGAAAUGUAUUGCUGAACGUCUGAUCUCGAUUAGUGCACGUGAAACUAGUUAUGGUGACGUUAUUUAAAAAAAAUCUACGGCCAUGAUCGUUUCUCAGUGGUGUCUUCUAUUGCAACAUAACGCAUAAUGGUACUGAUUCCAUAUAUAAUUAGGUGCGUUAAACAUAAUCGACUAGUAUUUCAGCUUCUAGGUUGCGUGGACCGGAAAGCCAUGUCGCUGUGUCUCAGAAUCUUCAAGCUGCGAUAUUUUUCUACAAAAUAUUCUCAUGUUUCGCUCAACAUGCUACUUAUAGUGUCUUUUCACUUUUGUUGAUAGAAGAUAGGUCCUUAGGCUAGCGAGUGUCAAUAAAUAUUUUUACCAUUUCCGAGA